AUGGGCGACUUCAUGCGCCAGCGGAGUAAGCGGCAGGAGGACAACGGGCUGGGCAGUGUCCUCGAUGUGCUGUUGGCCAACGCCCGGCUCAUAGACCGAGCCACCAGCCCUCGCGAUGAAGGCGAUCCCAAAGCUGAGCAGAAGACCCUGGAGGAGAGCUGGCAGGACUUGACCUUGAUCAAAACAGCACCAAAACCCACCAAGAAGCAGAGAAGGGAAGACCUCAGCGAGCCCCUGCUCUCUCCAGCCCGGCCACCAGCACCAGAGCCCCAGGUCUGCUCUGCCCCUCCGGAGCCUCCUCGGGUGGAAUCCAUCCCUCCGCGCUGCCUCACGCUGCAGGAGAAGCUCCUCUCGCACUACAGCAGCCGCCUGGCUGUCCCCGAGGUGGAAGCAUCCCUUGCCCUGCAGCUGGCCAGGAGCAUCUGCACCCAGCUCCAGAGGUUCCUGCGGAGCAAGUGCCCGGAGCUGCCCUUUGGAAACCUCUUCCUCAGCGGUACCCUGCUUGAUGGCCUCGGGGCCCUGGCAGCCGACCACAUCCACCUCAUGCUGCCCGUGGUCCUUGACACCACGCUCUGGAGCCUCAUCCCUGGAGAGGACACCGUGGUGAGGAACCCUCAGUACUGGAUGAUCAAGAGGACUGAUCUGGAUUAUUUCCCUCGUGGGUGCAGCCCCUGGGACAGGUUCAUUGUGGGCCGGUACCUCUCCUCCAACGUGCUCAAUGAGACCCUCCACAAGCUGCUGGUGGCCUCCAUCAACUGGCCUGCUAUAGGCAGCCUGCUGGGGAGCAUCAUCCACCCGGUCGUGGCCUCCCAGGAGCUGAAGCUGGAAGUGAAACAUGACCAGGUCGAGCUGAGCAUCACCCUCUUCCCAGUGGUGGAAAUGGAGGGGAAGGUUCUUCUGGCUGCUCCUCCUGAAGGAUUGGUGGAAAACCUCUGGCUUGAGAGCUUUUACAGGGCAGAGGUGUCGAAGGUGAAGGAGCUGGAUGCCGGUGAUGCCGGGGCUCGGCAGCACUGCCUCCGCGUCCUCAAUGGCAUCUGUAAGAGCCAUCCCACCCUGCACAAACUGUGUGGCAGCCCCUUGACCCACGUCAUCCUUCACCUCAGUGCCACCAGUUCAGACUGGGCAGAGGAAAGCCUUGCUGAGAGGUUCCAGGAGGUGCUGGAGGAGCUGGUAGGCUACCUGGAGCAAGGGGUCCUGCCUUCCUAUUUCAACCACAGAAUCAACCUCUUCUGCGAGCUGUUGGAAGAGGAAAUCGAUGAGAUGGGCUUCAUGCUCUACAGAGCCAUAUCUGAGCCAGAGCUGCUGCUGAAGGAGAAAUGA